AUCCCUCCACACUGGUGCAGUGUCCCCCAGCUGAACUCCAGUGGUUUUGACCUGGACUUGAAUCACUCCAUACCCUUAGAGGAGGUAAAGGGAGAGAUCAUUUUAAGUAGUUGUACCCGGUUUAAAUAACAAGUUGACUCUGCUACCGGCUUUGGGAAUGAGACCGAGUGAUGCCUGGAUGGAUGAGAAUUCAGCACAGACCAAUACACGUCCACCAUUGUGACAGAGGUGAAACAGAACUGGAUCCUUAAUUGUUUUUAUUUCCAUGUUUCCUGGAAAUGUCUCAUUAUCAUUCUCACAUUGUGUCUUUACACAGUGGAAUCUGGUGUGUGACGAUUCAUGGAUAGCUCCUUUCACAGUCACAAUAUUAUUUUUGAGAGUGCUGUCCAUAUUUGUUUUGUCUGGAAUAAUCUCUGAUCGGUACUAUGUGUGUUCUCAGUCUGAUCUUCUAGGGUAUCAUUAGAACUGUCCACAUGAUGUGACUUGCUAGACUUGUCAAACUGGAUCUACUGAGCAAACAUAAUGCCCCAAUAUGCAGCUUUAAUGAGGAACCAUUUAGACAUGUUGAGACGUAUUCAAUUAAACAGUUUGAUGUUAGUGGAUGUUUACUACAUUAGUUCAAAGUACAGAUUUAGGAUCUUAAUUUGGGCCAAAUAAUCCUGCAGCAACGGGAAAUGUGGAUUAUAAUUAAUGGACUUUUUUUAGGGUUUGAUAAAUUUUUUGUUACAACAAAUCAAGUCUGAUAUUUUAAAGUGGAAAUAACAAACUUUAGAAGCCUUUUUCAACCUUGAAUACACAACAAGUUUGCAUUUCCUGCUGUACAGGAACAUUCUCAGCAACAAAAGAGUGAUCAAAUUAAGAUCCUACAUCUAAAGUGAAAACUGCAUGAAUGAUUAUUUUUUAUUGCAGACCCAAUAUCUCUAGAACUGUACAUCAAGUCUACAGCAAGUCUCUGAUUUCUCAAUAUUAUUUAAUGAUGCUAACACAGCAAGCAAGUGCAACAUUUAUUUUCUUUGCUACUAUGGCACUCCAGACCAUCUUCAGUAUACUGCAAGCUGCCUCCAACAGCUGGGAGAUGUUCUCUGCCUUGUACUUUAUCAUUGGGAUGGGACAAAUUGCCAAUUACUGUGCUUCUUACACCAUUGGUAAGUCAAGCCAUAUCCAACCUGCUGUAAUACAACAACGCAAGACAAACCAGAAGCAAAUAAUGCAAUAAUAACUUGUUUUCUUCCUCAUAGGGAAUGGAGUACGGUGCAACUCCAAACGAUUCAAGGUUGCUGUGUUCACGUCAGGGGAACAUAGCACGUUAUACUGAGUACAUGAUGCAUGUAAUGCUAAGGCAUAAAUACACUGUGUACAAAACAUUAGGAACACCUUCCUAAUAUUGAGUUCCCCACCACCCACAGGGAUGACCAAUGUUGACUCCAAUGCUUCCCACAGUUGUCAAUUUGGCUGGAUGUCCUUUGGGUGGUGGACCAUUCUUGAUACACGUAAAACUGUUGAGCGUGAGAAACCCAGCAGCGUUGCCGAUCUUGACACUCAAACCGGUGCACCUGGCACCUACUACCAUACCCUGUUCAAAGGCACUUAAAUUAUUUGUCUUGCCCAUUCACCCUCUGAAUGGCACACAUACACAAUCUAUGUCUCAAUUGUCUCAAGGUUUACAAAUCCUUAUUUAAUUAUGUCUCUUCACGUUCAUCUACACUGAUUGAAGUGGAUUUAACAAGUGCAAUAAAUAAAGGAUCAUAGCUUUCAGCUGGAUUCACCUGGUCAGUCUGUCAUGGAAAGACCAGAGCUGUUAGAAUACCCAUACUAACGUACUGUAUACUACAUCAUACUUAAUGAGUAUAUACUACAUACUAUUCGUUCAUUUUAAUAUACUGUAAACCAGGGUUCUUCAAUUCCGGUCCUGGAGGGCCGAAACACCUCUGUUUUUCAUCCUCUCCUUCUAAUCAGGGGCUAAUUCAGACCUGAGACACCAGGUGAGUGCAAUUAACUACCAAGUAGAAAUAAAAAACAGAAGUGUUUCGGCCCUCCAGGACCGGAAUUGAAGAACCCUGCUGUAAACGAACGGUAUCCUUUCAGUUGAGCGUACUAGCGCUUCGCCUGUCUACCGGAAGGUGAUGCUGUUGCAAUGCAACUUGUUAGCAUAACAAAUGACUAGCUAGACAUUUAACGAUUUCAGGUGUGUUCGUAAAUUCAAUCUGGAGAUCCAGAAUGUUGUCAGAUUGUCCGUUUCUAAAUUCAGAGCAUUGGUGACUUUAACUGUGCUGGUGGCAACAAUUUAAUUACGCUUUUUUUUUACUACGUUUACUGACACCGGCCAUAUAUUCAACGGGUAUUGAGCGUUCAGAAAUUCAUCAGUUAUUCUGCGCUAGAAUGAACAAUGUCCAUUGAGAACGCACAACGACUAUACCACUUAGCUAAGAAUGACGUGAAUAAUCAAGUCAAUAAACGUUGGGUAGUUAGUUAGAUUAUAGUUAAUAUACUGCCUGGCAAAUUCGAUGUGUAUUAGGAUCCAACUAAUGUUAGGUAACUAACAUACCGGUACAUACUGCUGUAAUGUUAUGCGGUUCGUAAGGAUAGUGUAGCUAACAAAUUGUCAGCCAUAACGUGUAACUUAUUUGAAAAGGCAUUACUUUAUUACAUUGCUCAACAUUUUAUUAACAUUUGUCAUAAUUAGUUAAAGCAAUUAAUUUUAAUCCGCACUCGUAGGAUUUCUGCUGCAUAUUUUCCGCCAUUUUCUUCAAAUCUGAAAACGUUGUGAAGCCACGCCCAUUUUAUUUAGAAUUGCAUUAUGGGACCUAAAAUAACAGAAACAGUGUCCACUGCUUGUAUACCUCAUAUUUUGGUGAAUACUAUUGACUGAUUUAAUUUCUUUGACAAUUUGUAAAAUACAUAAGGGCGCUCCAGCCGGUGACGCCUCCACAUACAAUUGAAGAAAAUCAUCAAGGAUAACACAAUGAAGCUUAACAGCUUGUUUCCAUUGUGGUCCUUUUCAAGAGGGAAGGGGGAACGGGGAAUGCAACAAGGCUAGGCGGUAAUUGUAAUGGCAACAGACAAUGACAGACAAAUUGUUGUUUGUUUCAUAACAUGAGAUAAUUAGUACAAUUUCCUUUCCUAAUAAACAACUAUAGACAGGUACAUCUCCCUUGUCUCACAUACCCUUAAUAUAUAAAACAAUCAAUACCUAAUAUAUACAAGACAAUCACAAUAUAAUAAACAACAGGCACCAAAAGGCAGACCAUAUGCUAUCCUGGGUAUUUCCUUCUCAGCCAUGUACUAUAAUCUUACGACUCACUUUUGAGACAUGCUACUAUUUAGCAAUUUUUUCAUUGAGAACUUGAAACUACCUAUGGCGGUUAUACAUUUCAAAUUCUUCGGAAGACUAUUCCACAGAAUGGCAGCUGAGUAUAAAAAAGUGUAUUUCCCCAUACCACUUUUACAUCUAAAAGGAACAAUGUCAGUUUCACUCCUUCUAGUGGAACAGUUAUGGUUAUCCCUUACUAAGUUAAAGUAGUUACAUAGGUACCUGGGGACCAUACUGUGGACAAUCUUAUGUACAAGACCCAAUUUAAUCUGAGCGACUCUCUCCUCCACUUUGAGCCAUCUAAGGCUUUCAAAGUGGGAAUAGUCCAGAUGCAUAAGUGCUGGAAGUUUUAAGAAUAAUCCUGACUAAUUUGUUCUGAGAUGUCUGCAAUGUAUUUUUUAUUAUCUUGAGGGCACUAUUGUACCAGGAAGAGCAUGCAUAGUCAAAGUGGCACUGAACAAGAGCCCCUGCCAAUGUCCCCAUUCCAUUCUUAUCCAGAUAUUUGGAGGUUCUUGCCAGAAACCUAAUUUUAUGGUUCACUUUGGAGAUAACUUUUUGUGACAUGCUCUCCCCUGUUAGAUGUUUAUCUAGCACACAUCCAAGAUUCUUAACAGAGUAUUUUGCUGCGACUACUAUGUCACCUACUACCACCUUAAAAUUAGGGGAUUUCCUCAGUUUCACCUUGGACCCGAACAAGAUGGACUCUGUUUUUCCAAGGUGAAGUGACAGCUUAUUAUCAUAGCCAUUUACUGACAUUCAGAAGUUCCGCACUGAGGGCUUUCUCAACCACCUUUUUGUCUUUGUGGGAAACCAACAGUGCAGAAUCAUCUGCAAAUAGGAAAAGGUCACAUGUACAGGCAGAUUUCAGAUCAUUUAUAUAUCAUAGAAAGAAAAGUGGACCCAGCACACUCCCUUGGGGUACUCCGCAGUUCAAGAUUUUGGGUUUUUACAGGGUCCCAUCCACAUCCACCAUCUGUUUUCUUCCUUGCAGGUAAGAGCUAACCCAUUUUACUGCUAAGUUGUUAAAUCCCAUGGCUCUUAGUUUGAUUAACAGAAUCUCAUGAUCCACUGUAUCGAACGCCUUUUGGAGAUCUAACAUAACCAUACCACAACAUUUCCCUCCGUCUACUUCCUUCCUGAUGUGGUCAGUUAGAUAUAGUAGGCAAGUGUUGGUGGAAUGGGAUCUCCUAAAGCCAGAUUGGAGCUCAUAGAAUAGGGUUAUGUAAGGAAAUAUAAUUGUCAAUCUGCUUGAACAUAAUCCUUUCCAUGACCUUCGAUAAUACACACAGGAUUUAGACGGCCGAUAGUUUCCAUGAUCUAACUUAUUCCCUUUUUAUAUAGAGGAAUGACCCUUGUGAGUUUUAGUUCACUGGGAAAACACCCUAGUUCAAUAGACAGAUUUACAAUGUGAGUUACACAGGGGGUGAUAAUUACCACAGCAUCCCUUAGAAAGCUGGCAGGAAUGUUGUCAAGGCCAGUUGCUUUGGAAUGGUCAAGUUCUUUCAGCUUCUUUAGCACAGUUUACUCAGACACAUUUUCAAAUGAAAAAGCAUCUACUUGAAUCCCCUGCUAUGAGUAAAACUGCUGGACAUGACUCUCCCAAUAGCAACCUGAUUGACAAGGUAACUGUAUUAGCUAUAGUUGUAAAAUAGCUAUUCAGACUGUCUGCAACCAUGGAUUUGUCUGAUGUAACCUUUCCUCCAAUGUUCAAGCUAAGAUUUCAAGCUUUGGUCUUUAAUCUGUUACUAUAACCUAACAGCUUCAGACCCUUCCAUAAUUUACUCGGAUUGUUCCUAUUUUCAACUAUUUUGUCAUUCAAAUAAUCUUUCUUGGCCUUCUGUAUCAUCCUGUUGACCUCAUGUCUUAAUUUCUUAUAAUCUAUAAAUAUAUCAUCUGCCCUGGAUUUCCUGAACUCCAGAAAGCGUUAAUUUCUACGCUUAAUUGCCUUUAAAAUGUUAUAGUUUAUCCAUGGUUCUGUUCUUUGCUUAAUUCUAACAUUUGUUACUGGAGCCUGCUUAUCUACAGCAUCUAAAAACAAUUAUUUAAAAUUGCCGCAGACAUUUUCCACCUCAUUGGAUUUCAAUACAGCAGACCAGUCCAAUUUGCUCAAACAAUUAACAAAAAUAUCUGAAACUUUGAAUAUCCCACGGAGCACCAUUAAAUCCAUUAUUAAAAAAUGGAAAGAAUAUGGCACCAAAACAAACCUGCCAAGAGAGGACCGCCCACCAAAACUCACGGCCCAGGCAAGGAGGGCAUUAAUCAGAGAGGCAACAGAGACCAAAGAUAACCCUGAAGGAGCUGCAAAGCUCCACAGCGGAGAAUGGAGUAUCUGUCCAUAGGACCACUUUAAGCUGUACACUCCACAGAGCUGGGCUUUACGGAAGAGUGGCCAGAAAAAAGCCAUUGCUUAAAGAAUAAAAUAAGCAAACACGUUUGGUGUUCGCCAAAAGGCAUGAGGGAGACUUCCCAAACAUAUGGAAGGUACUCUGGUCAGAUGAGACUAAAAUUGAACUUUUUGUCCAUCAAGGAAAACGCUAUGUCUGGCGCAAACCCAUCACCCUGAGAACACCAUCCCCACAGUGAAGCAUGGUGGUGGCAGCAUCAUGCUGUGGGGAUGUUUUUAAUCAGCAGGGACUGGGAAACUGGUCAGAAUUGAAGGAAUGAUGGAUGGCUCUAAAUACAGGGAAAUUCUUGAGGGAAACCUGUUUCAGUCUUCCAGAGAUUUGAGACUGGGACGGAGGUUCACCUUCAAGCAGGACAAUGACCCUAAGCAUACUGCUAAAGCAACACUUGAGUGGUUUAAGGGGAAACAUUUAAAUGUCUUGGAAUGGCCUAGUCAAAGCCCAGACCUCAAACCAAUUGAGAGUCUGUGGUAUGACUUAAAGAUUGCUGUACACCAGCGGAAACCAUCCAACUUGAAGGAGCUGGAGCAGUUUUGCCUUGAAGAAUGGGCAAAAAUCCCAGUGGCUAGACUGUGCCAAGCUUAUAGAGACAUACCCCAAGAGACAGCUGUAAUUGCUGCAAAAGGUGGCUCUACAAAGUAUUGACUUUGGGGGGGGGGGGUGAAUAGUUAUGCACGCUCAAGUCUUCUGUUUUUUGGUCUUAUUUCUUGUUUGUUUCACGAGAAAAAAAUAUUUUGCAUCUUCAAAGUGGUAGGCAUGUUGUGUAAAUGAAAUUAUACAAAUUCCAGGUUGUAAGGCAACAAAAUAGGAAAAAUGCCAAGUGGGGUGAAUACUUUCGCAAGCCACUGUAGCUAUUAUAGUAGGUCAAUGCUGUGUGCUGGAAAACGAUGGUAGAGCAUGUAGAGCAACUAUAUCCAUACUAUGACCGAUAAGCAUACUACAUACUCAAUUUACAUCACAAAUAGUAUGGUUAGUGUACAGUGGCUUAUGAAAGUAUUUUUCCUAUUUUGCACAUUGCGCUUACCUGACAGUUCUAACAGUUGAGUGUCAGACAGUAGAUGUCACAUAGGAUGUUUGCCUUCCGCAAAAAUGGCCAUCUGGAGUUAAACAUACCGAGAUGUCAGAUAUGAUUUUUGCCUUUGAAGGCAAGUGACGAAAGGGCAAGUGCCUUUGAGAUUUUAAUGUUCAUCCCUGCAGAAAGACAGUGUUUCUGUCAGAAACUAAAAGCAAUCUACUGCCUGGGUUUAGCCAGUUCCACAAACGUUUUAAGUUUCUUUGGACGAGUAAAUGAGUUGGUAUGUUGCUCAGGGGAUUGGUCAAAAGCAAGAAAAGCAGCAAUUGGUAUCUCCUAAGAUGGCAGAAAAUGUGGCCCAUCAUAAAGAAAUUGAUGUCUCAAAAGACAAAGAUGGCCACUCCAGGCCAGUUGAUGGCUCACAUCACACUUAGAACUAUAACUUCUGAACGGUUGAACUAGCGGGACUGUAAGCAGAACAUUGUGGGUCUCUGUACAUGUGCAAGGUCCCCGAAAUGAUGCUUGCCGCUUUAAUUUUGCCACAAGUUGCAGUGUCUCUGGAUCACCAUCUUUCUUCAUCGGCCUGUACUAUGAUUGAUUUUGAGGGACCUUUUGUUUAUUUUCUUGUCAGACCUACACGCCCUGUCUCUGACCCUGGUGAUGAUUGGGAAAAUGGGUGUCACUGGAGCGUUUGGAUUCCUCUAUCUGUACGGCACGGAGCUCUUCCCCACAGUGGUGCGCAAUAUGGCUUUGGGUGCCACUUCCAUGGCUUCCAGAGUAGGUAGCACUGUGUCUCCAUACAUCGCCUAUAUGGUUGAGUCGUGUGUGUGUGUGUGUGUGUGUACGCAUAUUCAAUUGUCUAAACAUUUUGCUAACAUUUAUACGUGAUUUGUGGAUUCAGAUAAAUUGUCACACUUUCUUCUGAUUGAAGGCACGUACAACAAGAUACUAUCCUACAUUCUAAUGGGAGGCACCACAGUCAUCACUGGUGAUGCUUGUUGCUACCAGAAAGAAAUGUUCAACCAGGUCAAACCCCCUCAGAUUAUUGGGCUUGUUCGACAUUGCAGCUGACAGCGCAGGUGACUGCCCACUGACUGAUCUACAAAGAACCUUGCAUCAUAAAUAUAUCUACUCAUCAUUAUUUGUAGAUCAGUCAGUCAGUCACAAUUUACCCAUGAUACACUAUGGUUUUGAUCCUCUUGAACACAGAGCGGCAGACAGGUGUGUCGAGAGAUACUACUGUAAGACAUGUUACAAUUUCAGUCUAUUGUCCGUCCUCUUUAAACAGUCCUCUCUGCCCCUCUAGCAUGUGCAUUAACCAGGAUUCUCGGGAUGGCCUGAAGCAGAAAGGAAAUGCACAGGUGGAGAAUGAGGCAAGCUGUCCUGAUGAGGCAAGCUGUCCUGAUGAGGCAAGCUGUCCUGAUGAGGCAAGCUGUCCUGAUGAGACAAGCUGUCCUGAUGAGGCAAGCUGUCCUGAUGAGGCAAGCUGUCUU